UCUACAUCUUUACUUCGCCAAAGAAGAACCUGUAGCAAAUAAGUCGCCAGUGGUUGUUGUUCUUUCUGCAAAAUCACUGUAUCUGCAACAGAAAGGAGACAAUGCCUGUAAUAUGUGCAGCGAUAGGGUGCAACAAUAGGUUUGUCAAAGGGUCGGAGAUCCGAUUUUACAGGUUCCCGCUAAGCAAACCUCAACUUGCCAGCAAAUGGGUGCACAGCCUGGGGAUGAAAAACUUCACCCCGACAGCAAACACCUGCCUCUGCUCGGAGCACUUCAGGGCCGACUGCUUCAGGGACUACAACGGAAAACAGUUUCUGAGGGAGGACGCCGUGCCCACCAUAUUCAGCCAGGGGCAGGACUCAAAGAUUGAACUUCGUAAAAGAGCGGUGGUACCAAAGGAGGCAAAUGUUGUGAAUCAAACGGCGACACAAGCAGACAAAGACAGAGCGAGAGACGCUGUCAGUCAACGCAGAGACCGGAGAGGAGGAGUGAGGGGUGGACGAGGAGGCCGUGGAGGGAAACAGCCGUCUGACAGACAGUCUAUUGGAGCCAAGAACAAAGUGUACGACAACAAAGGCAGACUGCUCUCCAACAAUAAAGACAUGUGUGACUGCCUGGAUGUGGACUGUAUGGGCUGCUUUUACCCCUGCAACGGGUGCAACUCUCGCAAGUGCGGGGUCGAGUGCCGCUGCGACAGGAAGUGGCUUUACGAGCAGGUGGAGGUGGAGGGUGGAGAGAUCAUCCGGAACAAGUUUGUUAUUUAGUCAUCAGAGAAACUGGGAACUCGCUUUCCUCAAAUUCGGCUGCUGUUCAGUGGAUGGACCAUCCAACACUGGGAUGCUUUUCCUGGAGAGAUCUCCCACAAUUUCAACUGAUAAUUAUGAGGCCUUGCAAAGUAACUGCCCAUGGUAGAAAAGUUUGCAGAACAAUGUUAGCAUUCGGCUGAAUGUGCUUUUUUAGUUGAUGCCCGGUUUCCUUCGUUCCUGUUGUUGAUUUAUGUACACAUUGUGUAUUUUUCUGGAAAGAAAACUGGUUUAUACCACAAAUCUAAAUAAGACAACAUUUUAAACACCACGAUUAAUCAGUAUUUUUUUGGGAUUUUACAGCAUUAUAAGCAUGAUGUUUUUGUUUAUAAAAAUGAAAUAUUUUUUUUAAUCCCUGUCAAAGUCACACUUUUGAUGUGAGUUCUGGCCUGAAAACACCUGCCAAUUUUGAAUCAUAGUCAUAGCGCCACCUACUGGCAAAAGGAAGUUACAGUUAAUAACUAUAAAUCUGUUUAAAUUCAUGUCAUUGAAGGUUACCUUGCAUUACAUAACAUCAGUAAUAAAAUAUACAAUAAGCUACAAAGCAGAGCUCAGAAAUGAGAUGCAGCUACAUACAGUAAGCUAGUUUAGGGGAUGGUUCCAGUUUGUGGAUGUGAGGAGGAAGUGAGGAUCUCAGUGUUUUUGCAGCGUAAGAAAAAGUCCUGGCACCCAUUGUGCUGAGGUCAGCUGGCAAAGACCUGCUGAUGAAGACUCCAGGGAGCGGGGGGGGUCUGCGAGAUGUUUUAUGGAGGCCCUUUAACAAGUCAAGGCAUUAAUUAAUUUGUCUUUAGAACCCUCCCUUUAAAAUGUAAUACUUUUCCAUUAGGUCAUUUUCUACCUGUUUAGCAGACUGGAUUCACCCAUCUUUAGUACUCCCCCCAACACACCGAACAAAGGCAGCAUGACACAGCAGUUCAUCACGCUGGCUAAAGAAAGAGUUGCAGAUCUGCUGCUCAGACAGUAAUGUCUCAUUUAUCCACAUCCUGCUGUCCUUGAGGACGGCUAGGUCAAGUGUCAUGCGGCGCGGGAUUGCUUUGUCUUCAUAUCCUCACAUAUCCUGCUUAUUUCCAGGGAGCACUUGCAGCAUGGCCUGACAAAUCAUGAUCCUGCCAAAUUUGAACUUUUAGGAAUUUUCACGGUAGAUGUUACUUUUUUUAAAGGGCAUGCAAAUGAAAUGCUAGGUUUCUUUGUGUUGUUAAUUGUAUAACUCAUUUUUAUACAUAGCUUAUUAAUAUUAAUAUACCCUGGUCGACGCACAUGAGACAUUCAUCAAUUUGUUCAAUUUUCUUUUUUAAAUGAUGCCUUCUUUCUCAUACAUUAUGCUGUAUAAAUGAUGUGUAUUAUUCAUAUUAAGCACGAUACUACGCAUUGUUACUGUUUUAUUGAUUUUAGGCGUAGCAUCUGUUCAUUUUGUUAAGAUAUAGUCAAAUUGAAUUCUGUUUGAACCAUUUAUUAGCCCAUAAUGUUAUUAUGUUGAGGUUACAAAAGUUGUUUAUAAUAAAAAUAGGAUGUUUUGUAAUGGAA